ACAACAUACUUGGUCCGCAUAAGUUCCAGGAUGUGGGGAACUUCAGCACCUUCCUGCUGGACCGCUCGUCAGGCGUGCUGUUCCUCGGAGCCAGGGAUGCCAUCCUAUCUGUGGACACCAACAACCUGAACCAAGUGCCCCGAAAGAUUGUUUGGGAUGUGCCGGAGGAGAAGAGGAGGUCUUGUGUAGCAAAGGGAAAAACUGAGGUUGACUGUAAUAACUACAUCCGUCUGCUGGAGUUUCUGGGCGAUGGACGCAUCUACGUGUGUGGCACCUACGCCUUCGACCCCCAGUGUGCCUUCCUGGAGAUCACCUCCUUCACCCUGGAGAAAGUUGAGGAUGGAGGAGUGAAGAUGGAGACAGGGAAGGGGAAGUGUCCCUUUGAGCCCAGUCAGCAUUACACAGCUGUCAUGGCAGGUGGUACCCUUUACACAGCAGCCACCAGUAACUUCCUGGGAACGUUAUUCGACAUCUCCCGGGCAACGGGCACUGAGCAGGAGCGCAUCCGAACUGAGCGAUCCAUCAACUGGCUGAGUGACCCAGAGUUUGUGAGCUCAGCCUUCAUAGAGGAGUCUGCAGAAAACAACCCGAUAGGGGACGACGACAAAAUCUACUUCUUCUUCACGGAGGUGGCCAAAGAGUACGACCUCUACACCAAAGUCAAAGUGCCCAGGGUGGCACGAGUCUGCAAGUCUGAUGUGGGAGGGAUGAAGACCCUGCAGCGGCGCUGGACCACUUUCCUCAAGGCGCAGCUGGUGUGUGAGGACAGACCGACCGGGCAGCGCUACAACAUCCUCACUGAUGUCUUCACCACGCAACACACUCCGGGAGACCCAAGCAGCACUCAGUUCUACGGACUGUUCACCUCCCAGUGGGAGCAUGAGGAGUUGUCAGCAGUGUGUGUUUUCAGUCUGGCUGAAAUCAGCAAAGUGAUGGACGGCCCUUUUAAAGAGCUGAAGAAGACCUGCGACUGGAUCAACCCUGAACCUGUCCCCACACCAAGACCUGGACAGUGUCUGAACAACGCUUUGAAGGCCGAGGGCUACGAGUCCUCCCUGAAACUUCCCGACAAGGUGUUGACUUUUGUGAGGGACCACCCGCUGAUGGAGAACAGCGUUACUGCAGCACCUCUACUGGUCCGCAAGGGAGUCAGAUACACCAAGCUGGCUGUAACGCAGAUGGGAGGCGGAGAAAGGCAGAAGGGAGCAGUGCUGCACCUCGGAACAGAUCGAGGGGAGCUCCACCGGGUGGCGGUAGUGGGACAGAACGCCACCUUGCUGCAGGAGAUUCCUCUGUUCAGCUCACAGGAGCCCGUCAACAACAUCUUACUGCACCAGGGUCUGGCUCUGGUGGGCAGCCCCCUGUCUCUGGCUCGGGUCCAGGCUGAAGGCUGCGCUCUGUACUCCGACUGUAAAGAGUGUGCCAGAGCCAGAGGGCUGGGCUGUGAUUGGAGCACAGAGGAGGCCGCCUGCAGGCCCACCACUGCAGAGCCUGGUCCAGGUGAUGUGGUUGACAACGCUUUGAGAAAGUGUGAUAAAGAGGAGGGGCGUUGCAGUCCGUCCAUGAGGGAGUUGCGGGUGUCUCUUGGUCUGCGUCUCCUGUUGCCAUGUGUCCAGCUGUCUCCCAGGCCCUGCAGCUGGGAGCACCCCCCCCACAGACACACCCGGCAGCACAACUCUGACCUGGAGGUGACGGUCACAGAGGACAGCCUCGGAGACUACAUUUGCACCUGCCAGGAGGCAGGGCCAGGAGUCAGAGAACUGACCCCCUGCCGCAGAGCAGCCUAUCAACUGACUCUAGAAGGCCCUAAUGCUGGAGGAGUGGUGGUGACAGCAGGGGGGCGCCACGUGCUGGCCAUCUACAUCCUUUUCUUCUUCUUGGGUUUAGCGUUUGGUGCGUUCCUCCUCUACUUCUUGACCCGUCGGCGCAGCAUUGUCCACCAGGGUCACCACCUGCCGGAUAAUUCGCUGUCGUCAGAGAAGGGGCGGGACUUGCUGGGCUCCUCGGCCACGCCCCAGUCCCCGAGCAGCGCCAGCCUGCUGUCCGAUGGAUUCAGGCUGACGGAAAAACACAACGGGACGGUGACCUCCAACACGACCACAACGCUCCUCAGCAACAAUGGGAAUGGUGGUCACCAUGGCAAUAGUUACAGCGGCACCCUGAUCAGCCCCAGCAAUGGCCACGGGAACUCCCUGUACUCCAACUGCAACACCAGCAACAGCGGACUGAAGCUCACCUCUGAAAUUUUAGCUGCAGAUUUGCUGGAUGGAAGGACGGGGGAGAGGGGGAGUCUGGACAUGAGGGAGUCUGGGGAUGAGGUGGAUGAGGGGCUGGGGGACGCGUUGGGGGAUGGAAUAAAAGGACUAGAGGAGGAGAUGGCAAGCUUUCCCAUGUUUAAAUUACCAGCACCACUGGCUCAGUGUGAAGAAAGCUCAAUAUGAAAGGUUGAUGUAAAAGUUGAUGCGCCAUUUAGCAUCCUCAGAACAAACUGAACUGUCCCAGGACGGAUGCAAAAUGGCUACUACUAAAUGCCUUUAAACGGGAGCUGUGGCAUGAAGAGAGACUACAGAGAUAUAUGAGAAAUAUACGUUUAUCAAGCAUGUGCGGGAGAAACCAGUGUUGUGAGGCGUUCAGGAUGAGAGCCACAGCUGAAAAAUGUGUCAUAAUAUAAAUUGUAAAUACGAAGAGUCCAAGCUGAUUGUGAUGUCGCGCAAUUUAAAUGUUUAAAAAAAAAUCAAAGAUGACGUGUCUACACGUGUAGACAUUGAAAAGCCAUAUUGUUUUCUCCUUUACUCCUGUUGUUGUUUGCUCUCUCAUUCUCCUGACACUUUGAAUCUUUCAGCACCUCUGUCUCUUUCUCUGUGUUUCUGCUCCUCUCUCUGACACACCGCUGACAUCCCAGAGGUCACAGACUGUCCCGUCAUGCAGCAUCAAUCCUGGGCUUCAGGCAGAGCGAUGUGGCUGUCAGAGAGCAGAGAACCGUGGAGAGAGUCCUUCAGGCGGACUCCAGUGAUGGGGCUGUCCCUGCCUGCACUGCCACACAGCUCAGCAGGACGAUACGUGUCAGUGUGGAAAUCUCAACAUGCAAGAAACUGACAGGUGACAUGUCUCUGUUCACCUUCAGUUACUGGAACAUGUGAAUGUGAAAUUAAUUUCAGCCUCACGGGAUGGACCUUGCCACCAUCACCUCGUUUUGUGAGUGUGGAACUUAAAUCAUGUAUUGUUUUUGUCAUGUUGUUUUGUAAUAAAGCAUAACAAAGUU